AUCGUUAAUGGUGCUAAAAGCUGGUUAAUCGUCAAGACCAGUGAACUGGCAGAGAGUGCAAAGAAGGUGUUUGGCGAUGAAGUGAACAUAACGCUCGAGGGAAGACGUCAUCUCGGUGCGGUCAUCGGAUCAAAAGAGUUUAAGGAUCAAUAUUGUCAAGAGAAAGUUGAUAAGUGGCUCAGAGAAAUGGAGUCCCUCGCGGAGAUCAGCAAGAGCAAGCCCCUCGCUGCCUAUGUCGCUUUCACUAAAGGAUUUAAAUCCAAAUUCCCUUAUUACUUGCGCACCAUCGAAUCGUUUGAAGAGUAUGUGGACCCCAUCGAAGAAGUGAUUCACACUUCCUUUCUUCCUUCUGCGCAGGGCGGGAUUUGGAUUCCGGAUCUUAAGCGCGAAAGUUUGGAGCAGUUCAAUGCCUCGCUUGAUAUAACAGCACCACACGUCAAUUCUAUUGUUACUCAAAGCUCCAUCAUUCCAGCAUGAGAGCUAAUGGAGGAAAGGAAGUGUGA